AUGUUUAACUCGGUCAACCUGGGCAACUUCUGCUCGCCGUCGCGCAAGGAGAGGGGCGCUGAUUUCGGCGAGCGAGGGAGCUGCGCCUCCAACCUCUAUCUGCCCAGUUGCACUUACUACGUGCCCGAGUUCUCCACCGUCUCCUCCUUCCUGCCCCAGGCCCCCUCGCGCCAGAUCUCCUACCCCUACUCGGCCCAAGUGCCCCCGGUCCGGGAGGUCUCCUACGGCCUGGAGCCCUCCGGCAAGUGGCACCCCCGGAACAGCUACUCCUCCUGCUAUGCGGCGGCCGACGAGCUCAUGCACCGCGAGUGCCUGCCGCCGUCCACCGUCACCGAGAUCCUCAUGAAAAACGAAGGCUCCUACGGCGGCCACCACCACCCCAGCGCCCCGCACGCCGCCCCCGCCGGCUUCUACUCCUCGGUCAACAAGAACAGCGUCCUGCCUCAAGCCUUCGACCGCUUCUUCGACAACGCCUACUGCGGCGGCGGCGACGCGCCCGCCGAGCCCCCCUGCCCGGGCAAGGGCGAGGCCAAGGGGGAGCCCGAGGCGCCCCCCGCCUCGGCACUGGCGUCCCGGGCCGAGGCCGGGGCCGAGGCCGAGGCCGAGGAGGAGAACACGAACCCCAGCUCGUCCGGGUCAGCCCACUCGGCGGCUAAGGAGCCGGCCAAGGGAGCCGCCCCCAACGCCCCCCGCACCCGCAAGAAGCGCUGUCCUUAUUCGAAAUUCCAGAUCCGGGAACUGGAGCGCGAGUUUUUCUUCAACGUGUAUAUCAACAAAGAGAAACGGCUGCAGCUGUCCCGGAUGCUGAACCUGACGGACCGACAAGUGAAAAUUUGGUUUCAGAACAGAAGGAUGAAAGAAAAAAAACUAAGCAGAGACCGGCUGCAGUAUUUUUCGGGGAAUCCUCUGCUGUAA